CUCUCUCUAUCACCGCCUUUCAGAUCUUUAAAAGCUGCUGCUCUGUGCGUUUCUCAGGAUCGUGUCCUCUGGCACUCCGGCUGAACGGAGCACUGAGCAAGGAGAAAAGAGAAGCAGAUCUCCUUCAGAAAUAGCGUCGGACAAGGAACGCACAUACGAACGGUCGAAGGAAGGAUCGCAGAGUCCCACAGCUCAAAGAUGCCUUUGCUCUUGAACUUGACAGCUGUUGUCCUGUUGCUCAUUGCUCACUGUGGAUCCUGGACUCUGGCCAGUCGCUUGGGUACCCAUAAGACCUGCCCGUCCUGCAAAGACUCCCGAGCUUCUCGGGACCACAUUGGGGCAGCCAACACAGCUGUGCUGGCUUUAGGGGAGCCGUGUGGGGUGUACACACUGAGCUGUGCCAAGGGCCUGCGCUGCAUGCCUCCUCCACGUGACCUCAGCCCACUCCAGGCUCUGCUGCAGGGUCGAGGUGUAUGCACCAAGCCGAUCAGGACAAGUCCAACCGAAAAACCACACCCUCCAGGUCCACAUCCUUCGCACAGUGAUGAAAUCGAAAAGGCUCCGUGCCGGAAACUGCUCAACGCCGUGCUGCGUGGCCUCGAGCUCACCGUUUUCCAGUCUGAUCGUGACAUCUACAUCCCCAACUGCGACACUCAAGGCUUCUACAGGAAAAAGCAGUGUCGGUCCUCUAAAGGCAUGCAGCGAGGCCACUGCUGGUGCGUGGACGAAUUAGGCAUCGCCCUGCCGUCCUACGGUGACGACGACGACGGCGCUUUACCGUGCGAUGGGAAGUAAGACAGGGUACGCUCCAAUACAUUUCUGAGCCAGGAGGAAGAAGAGGAAGAGGUGGAAGAGGAGAGGACGGGCGUAAGGGAGACGGGGAAAACGAGCCGCUCGUGAUAGUUACUGCAUAGCCAGGAGACACUGGGGAGAAAAUUACUCAACACGGGAAACACACGCUCCACGAUUCAAAACACUCCAUCCGCCGCACCACCUGAAGGUUUACGCCUCUCUGCCAUGCGCCUCUGUAGACCUGCAGCGUUGUAAAGCACAGAGCCAAUGAGACACUCCAUCGUUCGCUCCACCUGUGAUUGAGCACAACAAAACUUCAAGUGUCUAGUAGUGUCCAUUUUUCUGUGAUAAGCAAUCACUGCCUGUGUCUUGUGUAUCUGUGAUCGAGUAGGCUGUUUAUUUAUAUAAAAGAUUCAAGUUGGCGAGGGCACCAUUUUUCUCUCCCGGCUCCCCUGCAGUCCCUUCUCCCUCUUCUCGAAAGAUACACUGACUAAAUUAAUAUGUAAAAGAAAAAAAAAGAAAAGAAAAAGAGAAAAUUAUGUCUUUGUAUUUAAUUUAUUCCGGAGUAUUAUUGUAUUUUUAUUACUGAAGACAUUAUAUUUCAUGUAAACAAGACAUCAACACUACCGUAUGCGCACGAUUUGGGCAAACAUUCACUCCUUCUGUUGAUCGUCUGAGCGUUAAAACACACGUCGUUUGUACAUAAAUACAUUUUUUUUCUUUAUGGUUGCCAUGGGGUGAUAGGUUCUUGAAAGCUGAUGGCUAUUACUCUAUCUGAAAAGGCAUAUUUUUAUAUACUUCAAUAUAAUAUUUUAUAUAUAGAUUGAUGCUUUAUUUAAGGAACUACAACACCAUGUAUUUUUAUAUUGUCAACAUUGUUGUUUUUUUGUUUUGUUUUUUUUUCAUUGUCAAGUUUAAUUUCAUGCCGAAAGUGGGCUUUGGUGGCAAAUUUUAGAAAUAAAAGAAAUAAAGAAAUAACACGCCCUUCGGAUACAUUGUGCUAGACACGUUUUAGGACGAUUUAUGUAUUAUGAUCAUUUAGAAUAAAAACAAAAAGCGGAUGUCUAUUUUCUCACUUCAAAAUGUAUAGAAGGGAAAAAGAUUCAAAUGAGAAUGCACAAACAUUCAGACUGAUCUGUUGUAUCGGUGGGUUGCCAGUGAUCGCAGGAGGCCCUGAAAAGCCGUAAAACUUUACAACAAAUAAAGAACAAAUAGCUAUAUUACUAUUAUAACUGACAA